AUGUUUGGGGACUUGUCUGUGGAGGAGGAUGCCAGCAGUGAUGAUAUAUCUUUGGAUGGACUAGAGCAAGAACUGGAAGAAUGCAAAAAUGACGAUGUAGUUGCAAACGUACUAUUUGAAGGUACAAAAUUAAGGGAGUAUAGAAAGGGGGUUGAGAACAAUUUACGGAAAGUUGAAUUGGACUCGAUUCAGGAUUACAUAAAAGAAAGUGAUAAUUUAGUGUUGCUUCAUGAUCAAAUUCGUGAAUGUGAUAGAAUCUUGUCACAGAUGGAAACUCUCCUCAGUGGAUUUCAAGUUGAAAUUGGUUCCAUAAGUUUAGACAUAAAAGUCCUCCAAGAGAAGUCUAUGGAUAUGGGCCUGAAGCUUAAGAAUCGUAAGUCGGCAGAAUCAAAAUUGGCAAAGUUUGUCGAAGACAUUAUAGUCCCUCCAAGGAUGGUUGACAUAGUCGUUGACGGAGAGAUCAAUGAUGAAUACAUGAGAACUCUUGAGAUUCUGAGUAAGAAGCUUAAGUUUGUAGAAGUGGAUCCUAUGGUCAAAGCUUCAAAAGCUCUGAAAGACGUUCAACCUGAGCUUGAAAAAGUUAGGCAGAACAAUCUGCAAAGUAUUCAGUUUUUGGUUCAUCAUUGACUAUUGGAGGAGUGAUUGGUGGAUUAGUAAGUGGAAGGAUUGCAGACCUUUUUGGUCGGAAAGGUGCAAUGUGGUUCUCUGAAAUCUUCAGCUUGGUAGGGUGGCUCGCCAUUGCAUUUGGGAAGGUGCUCUCUCUUGUCCUUCAUUCCAGUUACGCUGCAUUUGAUUGUCAAUAUGUUCAAGUAAUAAGGCAAACCGGAAGUGGUGGAAAGGGUUUUACUUCCAUUUGUUAUUUUCAUGGAAGUUGUGGAAGGGCCAAGAUAUUAUUCGAAAUCAACAUGAAUCAGGUCAAGGGAAUCACUCAUUCUACAUUUUCUCUGCUGGGUUUCAAUCACUAAUGGAGUUCACUAUUUGUUAUAGAACAUUUGGUGGCUCGAUCUUGGGAGACUUUCAUUGGGAAUUAGCAUUGGAAUUUUUUCCUAUGUGGUACACAUUGCAGAAGUAACACCUAAAAAUCUUAGGGGACCAUUUGCAUCAGCUAACGAGGUAUAAUGAAAUCAUUGUGGCUUUAAACCAAUCUCCAACUCAUUGUUAACAUACCAAUGCUUUGUCAAGAGCGCAGUUGCUCCUAGCUUGUGGUGUUUCACUAAUGUAUUUCAUCGGAAAUAUCAUUACCUGGCGUACCCUAGCAUUAAUAGGUACUACUCCAUGUCUUGU